CGCGGCCCCGCACCUGCGCCCUGGCCGCCGGGACGCUGCCAUGGCGGCUGCGGCGGUGGCGCCUCCCGAGGUUCUCCGGGAAUGCGGCUGCAAGGGCAUCAGGACCUGUCUGAUCUGCGAGCGGCAGCGCGGAGGUGACCCGCCCUGGCAGCACCCCUCGCAGAAAACACACCGGUUCAUUUACUACCCUGACACCGGCUGGGCAGUGGGGGCCGAGGAGUCUGACUUUGAAGGCUGGGCCUUCCCUUUCCCGGGCGUGACCCUGAUCGAGGACUUCGUGACCCGAGAGGAAGAAGCUGAGAUGGUGCAGCUGAUGGACCGCGACCCCUGGAAGCUCUCCCAGUCUGGGCGGAGGAAGCAGGACUAUGGCCCCAAAGUCAACUUCCGGAAACAGAAGCUAAAGAUGGCUGACUUCCGAGGCCUCCCCAGCUUCAGCCGGGAGGUGGUGCGGCGGAUGGGCCUCUACCCUAUCCUGGAGGACUUCCAGCCCGUGGAGCAGUGCAACCUGGACUACUGCCCGGAGCGGGGCUCGGCCAUCGAUCCGCACCUGGACGACGCCUGGUUGUGGGGGGAGCGGCUGGUGAGCCUCAGCCUGCUGGCCCCCACCGUGCUGUCCAUGUCCCGGGAGGCGCCCGGCAGCCUGCUGCUCUGCCUGGCCCCAUCCGGCUUCCCGGAGGCCCUGGCGGACAGCGCGAUGGCUCCCAGCCGGUCCGUCCCGUGCCAGGAGGUGGAGGUGGCGGUCCCCUUGCCCCGCCGCUCCCUGGUGGUGCUCAGCGGAGGCGCGCGGCACCAGUGGAAGCAUGCCAUCCACCGGCGGCACAUCCGGGCCCGGCGCGUGGGCGUCACCUUCCGGGAGCUGUCGGCCGAGUUCGGCCCUGGAGGGAAGCAGCAGGAACUGGGGCAGGAACUCCUGCAAAUGGCGCUCUCCUUUCAGGGGAGACCCACCACGUGAGCUGCCGCCCGGGACGGGGAGCUGGCAGCUGGGCCUGGCGGAGGCGCUGGCUCCCCAGCGGACCGUUGGCCAGCAUCGAAGGGGGGGGCCAGCAUGAGGGUCUUUCUCAGGUCUUAAGAGGAGCCUGCUGGCCACACCCUGGCGCCUGGCAGCUUGAGUCCUGCCCGGGAUGGUUUCACUGUGGGGGGCCCAGGUCGGUCCCUUUGGGCCUGCGCGGUGGCCGCUGGUUUGGGUUGUUUGUCACAGUUGUGGGCAAUGGCCUAAUUUGAGCUUAAAAAUGGUUGGUGCCCCUUCA